CCGCCUUUUUCAAUGGCGCGAAAAUUAAUUUCAAUUCCAGUCUUUCUCUUCUGUACUGGAAUGCCUGGUUGACAACGCUUAUAUUUGGAAAAAAACUUUUUCAAAGUCGAGUACGUUUUACAUAUUUCUUGAUGCUUUCUCGAAUAUUUCGAAUACCAGAUCCAAAACCUACCGUGUCUUCAAGAGAAGAGUUUCAGCAUGUCCUAACUACGUUUCUUGAUAGAAAUGCGACUCGUACGGAGCCGCAAAAGAUGAUACUUGUAGGACCCCAUGGAUGUGGCAAGACAUCCUUACUCUUUUCUCUUGCUAUGACUUUCUCAGAGGAGGGAAAAAACGUCUUAUUUAUCUGCCCAAAGAAGGUUUCAACACUGCCAAUUCUUCCAGAAGGAGAACAGAAGCCUUCUACGAGUAUUCUACGUAAAAUACAUAUGGUUUAUUUGGAGACAAGAGAGGAGUUUCUGAAGUAUAUGGCCUCUAUUCAUUGUAAUCUUGAUGUGGUAUUUCAUUGUCUGAUAGUGGAUGGUUUGGACAGUUACGUUACUGGAGCUGCCAAGAACGAGGAUUUGACUGUAAUGGCAAGACUUUUGGCGUUUACUGUUGAUGCUUUCAACUUUGAACUGGAAAAACUGAAAAAGGAAGAUGCAAUUAUGACCAAUAGUAUGCUAGUAAUAUCCAUCACCAUAGAAACCAGCACCAUUCCAAUCCCAAGACAAAAUCUGUAUGAAAGAUGGAUAGAUUACAUACUGAGAAUAAAGUCAAGAAAGGACUUCAGAUCUGGUGAAAGGCAGUUUGAAUUGUCUGUCCUUCCUCCACAAUGCAAACAAGGUGAAAGUAAUACGUUGAUUGAUGUCAAUUAUUUGUUAACUGAUACGCAUUUUAGUGUUUCUGAGAUUUCAGCAUAGCUUUACAUCUGUGUAAGUCUCCAGACAGCAGCCAUUUUUGGUGUCAUAAUGCAAAGCUUCCCCCUCCCCAGGAAGGAUCGUUGGAUGUUGACACUAAAAGCAGCGGCAGAAAGGAGCAUUGUGUAGUUCCAGAAAAUAUCCAUACCCACCCAUGGAGGAAAUUUGGAAAUUCCUGGGGGUAGGCGAGUCGUUUUACAAAUUCCCUCUGUGGUGGGGGUAUGGAUAUUUUCUGAAACUACACAUUGUGUAAAAAUGGCUGCAGAGCAGGCUAGUGUGUGUCCUUUAAUGUAACCAAAGGUUUGAAGUACUUGCUCUCAUAUUAAAUUAUGGUACUAAAAUUCACUAAAAAUUCCAGCCAAAUAAAGUCACUCAAAUUUUAUCAAUUCCCUUAGAUAUACCUCAGGGUGAUUAAAGUCAGGGCACAGCUAACUCAUAAAUCAUUUAUAAUUAUCAAGUACUUCUAAAAAUUGCCUAUAUUAGGUAGGUUAUUAGGUAUUGUUAUACCUAGCAACACUAUGUAGCUAGCUACAGCUGUAGGUAGCAGAUAGAGUACAUUGAAUUGUGGUCAUUGUUGUCCAAAGUGCCAAUAUUUUAUAUUGUGACAGUCCAAGGGGCGAAGGACUAAGGGGGUAGUUAUUUGCAUCGAACAAACACUCCACACUAAUUGUAUUUUUUAGCUAAGUAUUGCUAAGGAAAACAGGUAAAAUGUUUAACAGUUAUAUUUUAAAAAUAUUUAAUUUUGUGAAAAAUGUAAUC